AUGCAGGCUACAGCUAGAUCGGUGGGUGUGAUCAUAACGGAGAAACGAGGAUUGAAAGCUUGUACGGCAUGUCGCAUAGCGAAAGUUCGAUGUCAAGUCGUUCCUGAGAUUGGAAUUUGUGUUCGAUGUCAGAGUGCAGCUAUACCAUGCCAUUUCACCGCUACUCGUCGUGGACGAGUGAAAGGCAGCAAGAAUCGUAAGACCCUGGAGAAACUGGCGAAGGACAAUAGCGAUGCGUUGAGAACGCUCUCAUCCCCAAGUUCUGGGAAUGAGCAGCCUCAAGAUCUUCCCUGGGGUAAUGACCAUCUUUCGAUACCUCUGACACUCGCUCAGAGUCCCCUAGAUCUAGAUCCUUUCGUAUCUACCCUUCCUUCUCCUGCUCCUGUUUCACAUCGAGGACUCGAAGCCUCCCGUCAAUCAAUGACACGUAGGACCGUACAGACCAUGGCAGGCUCUUUCCCGACGGGCUCUGAACUAGCUAUCUCGGAACCCAUCCCCCGAGCGGACUUCUCAACAGGUAGAGACGUACACAAUCCUCUGCUAUUCUUGGCAGAAUGCGCAAGAAGAGGAUGGGAUACCGAUGAUACGGAAUGGAGAGAUACGAUGGUGGUUCCUACUCCAAGUACCAAUAUUCCACUGGAAGAUGCCAUCAGACUGGGGAAGUGGUCAAAAGAGAACUUGGGGAAGAUCAUCGCAGAUCAGAGGAAAUACUUUCAACAUGGUUUACACGGUACGAAAAGAGAUGUCAGUAUGGGUCUUGAUCCGGUAUACCAAAAUGUGAUCAAUGAGGAUCAAGUCGGAACGUUGUUUUCAAAUUACUUCUGCCAUGUACACCAUCAAUGGGGUAUGCUCGACCGAAAUACACAUACCCCCUCUUUCGUGCGAUCACGUUCUGCUUUCCUAUUUACCGUCAUCCUUGCACUAGGUGCUACUUCCAUUGCUACUCUGUCAACUUCCACUCCUCAAGAUCAUCUGCUAGCUAUUAAACUCUGGGCACACCUCGAGAAGCUACAGCUGGUAAUCUGCGCUACAUCUGCCAAAUCUAUAGAGAUCGUUCAGGGCAUGCUGAUGGCUCAAAUGUGGGCAUUACGAACUCCAAGACUGGUAGAUGAUCAGCGAGCGACUCGACUAGGGAUGGCUAUACGGAUGGCAGGACAGAUAGGUCUUCAGCUUGCGAGACAUCAUGGCAGGAGCUCCGGUGAAGCUCGAAAUGAGAAUGAUCUGCGAACACGAUUAUCUCUCGUACUGGUAGAGAGCAGAUGGGAAUCAAUCGCGGACAGACAAGAGAUCUCGUGUCUCGCUUUCGACUUGACCGAUUACGAAGCUGAGGAAUUAGAUCGUACGGGACCUUCCGACGAUAUCGCACUCAUGGCAGCUGAUUAUGCUUUGUAUCGAUUCGAGGGUGAAUCGAAGGAACGGAUAUCCCGUAUUACCCAGAACAAUCAUUCGACCACAGCACUGGACAGUGAGAGGAUCUGGAUACAGACCUAUUUAUCGAGCUGGGAAAGUAAAUGGGUUGAACCUCAGACGGAUCCUUUACGUCGAUGGUGGUUCCGAUACUUAUCCAUCAGAUCUCGACUGGUCGGUAUCCUUAGAGUCGCCAAAGCUCGUGCUCACCCAGGUCCAUGGACAGACCAAAUGAAAAGUGAUCUCGUCCUUGUUUCUAUCGAAUUACUAGAAGGCUGUCUUUCCCAUGAACGAUCGAUGCAUAUGCUCAGGCCGACCUCGCCGAUAGUCUUCGCGGCGGCGAUACUCCUUCAGUUGACGGGUAAAGAUGCACCGGAACGGGAUCUGAUAUUGAGGGUGGCACUUAGAUUGGCUGGCGAACCGAAACAGGAAGAUAUCAUGACGUACGCUGUGCAUAAUGGUUAUCAAAUACUGAAUAUGCUAUGUCUUAGUAAAGAAGUGACAGCAACGAACGUCGGACCACCUAUCAGCGUCUCAAGCAAUAUUGCGUAUAAUCCAUCUUCCACCUCACCUUCCACUCAAUCCCUAACUGGCGAGGAUCUUACGCUCGCUCAACAGAGCUUACCAUCGGUCUCGUCCAUACACCCAAGGAUGGAUUCAUUACCACUCUCUUCGAUGUCGAGUCAUCAGCAAUUUGACGAUAUAGGUCAACUCCUAGGUUUGGGUGGAAGUACAACCAGUCAAUUCAUCCACCAGCGGCAGAGUAUCACUCCGAGCAGUUUACCUAGCUUAGGUCCGCAUACCAAUACGGUAUGGGGCAGUUUCCUAUCUACUGAACCCUCCAAUACGAACCAGUGUCCGCCAUCGUCGAUGGAUCAACCCGCGCAAUCUGGAGGCCCGGGAUAUAUGGCAUGGCCAAAUAGUGGCGAAGAGCUAUUUAACUUGGCUGGAGGAGGUCAGAUGUCAGAUAAUGAUAUUUCAGAUUUCUAUUUCCAUCUCGCUUCUGCCCUUGGCAGCUAG